AUGUCGGAGACUUCCAGCUAUUUAUCCGCUUCGCAAAGCGAGGUGCCUUGUAGAACAGUUAGGGAUUUGCCCACACAACUGGCAGACGCAAUCGAGUAUAUGAGCGAGAACACUCUGAACUGCUCCUCGCUGACAUGCCAGAAGAGGCGCGGCGAGACGUUCCGCGACCUGCUGAAUAGAUGCGUCGAUUGCAGCCUACAGAACUUCUACACGGUGGACGAGGAGACGAAGGACAAAAUCUCAAAGACCCUGGAACAGGCCAUCUGCACCGGGACGCUGAGGGACCUCCCGCACUUCAUCCGUCAUCUCCGCGUGAACAUCCGCAAGCUCGACGAGAACGGGGCCAGCCUGCUGCAUCUGACGGCGGCGGUGGGCAAUUGGCGGCUCGUCGAAAUCCUCCUGAAGAUGGGAGCCGAUCCCACCGUGGAGUUUGGCCCGGCCCACGAUCGACUGACGGUGCUCGACUGCAUGAACCCCGCGGGCCCAUGGCCCCAGCUCACCGCGCGCACGCUCCUCCAAGCCGGGGCCCGGUUUUGCACCGACCGCAUCUUCGUCGCCAUGCUCGGCAGCUCCCGGUGGCGCGAGAACUUCGGCCGAGCCAUGAGGAACGGUACCGACCUGCUCCGCUCGCCCUGCGACACCGCCACCCGCUUGGAGCGCUACCACCUUCUGGUGCGCCACGCCCCCAGCCCCGAGGCCUUCUCCUUCUUCCACAGACACGUCGCCAAGCUCGAUUGGAACCACAAUCAGGCCGCCCUCAUGGUCCUCGACGCCCUGCUCUGCCGCAAGCCCGACCUCGCCUCCUACAUGAUCCGCCACGGCUUCCCGCUCGUCGUGCGCUGCACGUCCGACCUGCCCGAGGUCGACGAGGCCCUCGAUAUGGGCUAUGUCGGUGUCCUCCAGGACCUGUUCGCCCGCGAUGAGCUCCGCGGCUACCGUGACAAAGAACUACUGCUGCAGCGCUGCGAAGCCCGCAGACAGAUGCGCGAGGCCGAGGCCGAGGCUGACCCGAUAGACUUCUAG